UGGCGGCGACACCGGAGGGGGGCGGGUCAGGAAGUGGGGGCGCGGUGGCCGGGAGCGGGCUCCGGGUGGCCGAGGGGUUCGGCUACGCGGAGGGAGGGAGUCUCCGGGCCGCGCGGGAGCCGGAGGGCGCCCCGGCCUCCGCAGAGACGAUGGCGGAGGAAGAAGGACCACCUGUAGAGCUGCGCCAAAGAAAAAAGCCAAAGUCAUCAGAAAAGGAAUCUGCCAAAGAAGAGGAAAUCAAUGACAUUCCAAUUCCUGAAAGAGCUCCAAAACAUGUAUUAUUUCAACGCUUUGCAAAGAUUUUCAUUGGCUGUCUUGCAGCAGUUACUAGUGGUAUGAUGUAUGCUCUCUACUUAUCAGCAUACCAUGAACGGAAAUUCUGGUUUUCCAACAGGCAGGAGCUUGAACGGGAAAUCACAUUUCAGGGUGACAGUGCCAUUUAUUACUCCUAUUAUAAAGAUAUGUUAAAGGCACCUUCAUUUGAAAGAGGUGUUUAUGAACUGACACACAAUAACAAAACUGUAUCUCUGAAGACUAUAAAUGCAGUGCAGCAAAUGUCUCUAUAUCCGGAACUUAUUGCUAGCAUUUUAUAUCAAGCCACUGGUAGCAAUGAGAUUAUUGAGCCAGUGUAUUUCUAUAUUGGCAUUGUUUUUGGAUUGCAAGGAAUAUAUGUUACUGCUUUAUUUGUUACAAGUUGGCUUAUGAGUGGAACAUGGCUAGCAGGAAUGCUUACUGUUGCAUGGUUCAUUAUUAACAGGGUAGAUACAACAAGAAUUGAAUACUCCAUUCCUUUAAGAGAAAACUGGGCACUACCAUAUUUUGCAUGCCAAGUUGCUGCACUCACAGGCUAUUUAAAAAGCAACUUAAAUACUUAUGGAGAGAGGUUUUGCUACUUGUUGAUGAGUGCUUCAACCUACACAUUUAUGAUGAUGUGGGAGUACAGCCACUAUCUCCUGUUUCUUCAAGCAGUGUCUCUGUUCCUGCUAGAUAUCUUCUCCCUGGAGCAAAGUGACAAGGUUUAUGAAGUUUAUAAAAUCUACGUAUUUUCUCUCUUUCUGGGAUAUUUACUGCAGUUUGAAAAUCCGGCUUUGUUGGUAUCUCCUUUAUUAAGUUUAGUGGCAGCCUUAAUGGUUGCUAAGUGCCUUCAGCUGAAUGUGAAGAAAGGAAGUUUUGUAGCUAAAAUAAUAAAAGUGAUUAAUUUUUACUUGGUGUGUACUCUGACAAUAACAUUGAAUAUUGUAAUGAAGAUGUUUGUCCCACACAAAGAAAAUGGGCACAUGCUGAAAUUCCUUGAAGUAAAAUUUGGACUAAAUAUGACUAAGAAUUUUACAAUGAAUUGGCUCCUCUGUCAAGAAUCCCUGCAGGCACCAUCUCAAGAUUUUUUUCUGCGAUUGACACAGUCUUCUUUAUUACCUUUCUAUAUUCUAGUGUUGAUUAUUUGUUUACUUUCUAUGUUGCAAGUUAUUUUUAGGAGAAUUAAUGGUAAGUCCCUGAAGGAAACUGUUACUCUUGAAGAUGGACGAAUUGGAGAAAGACCAGAAAUAAUUUAUCAUGUAAUUCACACUAUUUUAUUGGGUUCUCUUGCAAUGGUUAUAGAAGGCUUGAAGUACAUCUGGAUUCCUUAUGUGUGCAUGUUAGCAGCAUUUGGUGUAUGUUCUCCUGAACUUUGGAUGACACUUUUCAAGUGGCUUCGAUUAAGAACUGUACACCCAAUAUUGUUGGCUCUUAUUCUGAGCAUGGCUGUGCCCACUAUAAUAGGUCUCAGCUUAUGGAAAGAGUUUUUCCCAAGAUUAAUGACAGAAUUAAUGGAACUACAGGAAUUCUAUGACCCAGACACAGUGGAACUUAUGACCUGGAUAAAAAGGCAAGCUCCAGUUGCAGCUGUGUUUGCCGGGAGUCCACAGUUAAUGGGUGCAAUUAAAUUGUGCACUGGAUGGAUGGUGACAAGUUUGCCUCUUUACAAUGAUGAUGAUCUUCUCAAGAGAAAUGAAAAUAUCUACCAAAUCUAUUCAAAGCGAUCUGCUGAGGAUAUUUAUAAAAUACUGACAUCUUACAAAGCUAAUUACCUAAUUGUAGAGGAUGCUAUCUGCAAUGAGGUGGGAACCGUGAGAGGCUGUAGGGUUAAAGAUUUAUUAGACAUUGCAAAUGGCCACAUGGUUUGUGAAGAAGGUGACAAGCUAACCUACUCAAAAUAUGGGCGAUUUUGUCAUGAGGUCAAAAUUAACUAUUCUCCAUAUGUGAAUUAUUUCACUAGAGUAUACUGGAAUAGAUCCUACUUUGUAUAUAAAAUCAACACUGUGAUAUCCUUCCAGUCUUGAAAAAUAACAGAGCCUUCAUUUCAAAGACUACCUGAAGUAAAAUGCAAUUUUCUUCUACCUAGUCGGUGUCUUUUGCAGAUCAGAGUAUGGACAUUUGAAAUAUUGCUGCUUCUUUCCCCAUUCUGCUGUUAACUGGAUCCAGAGUUCUGUGGGAAAUAGAAUAUCAAGCAUUACUGUCCUUUGAUUAAAUGUGGUAUCUACCACUCUGCAAUAUUCCAGACAGGUGUCUUCCUUACUGUUAAAUGCUCUUUAACACUUUUACUGAUUGCAACAUUUUCCCCAUAAAAUCUUCAUUCUAUUACAAUAUUGAUCUUGAAUUUGAAUAUGUUCAAGGUCAGAAUAGAUUUCUCAAACAUAGCAUUUAAUAAAUAAAUACUUAAUGUGAUAUAAUUAUUUAGUAGGAGGAAGGAAUUAUUCCUACCUUCAGGCAAGUUUCUGAAGGUGUUUUAUGAUGUAUAACAACUAAAGUUUUACAAUAAAAGUAAUUUAAAUGUUA